AUGAGUGAUAUUGUCCGUGAUUUUUUUGAAUGGCGUUAUCAUGUGCAUGAGUUUUACGAUGGAAUAAUUGUUCAUGCACAACAGAGUCGGCCAAUAUCUUUGAAUUUUACAUCAAAUUCAAAUUUUAUUUCUGAUUCUGCUUAUUAUGGACUAGUUAUGGCCCAUCCAGGCGAUCAAAAUUCAUCUCUUUCAUUAUGGACAGCAUGCUUUCCUAAUAAGAACUCUCCAGAGUUUCAUCCAACAAAACCAAAUCAAGAAUGGGGAAAAUUACAUCAAAAGCGUAUUAUACCUUUAGAAGGCAAAGUAUUAUGCUGCACAACAGAUAGAGCAGGUAACAUUUUCGUUGGAACCAAUCAAUCAAUUUCAAUUUUGACAGAAACAGAAACAUAUUCAAAACAAGUUAGUUCACCAGCAUAUUUUACACACUCAUCGCCUAAAACACCAUUUAAUACAUUAUUUUGCUUCGAAGACAAUACAGUUUGCCAAUUUGACCCUCAUAACUCCUCAUUAACACAAAUUCUUGCGUUAGAUCGACCAGUUUUAGAUAUUUCGAUAAACCAAAACGAUACAAACCAGAUUUUUAUUGCCCAAGGACGAAAAUCUGCUAUAUUUUUAGAUUUAAGAGAUCCAAAUUCACAACAGACCCUUAAAUUUGGAUCAGGAAUUACCUCGAUACAAUUCUCUAAUCAUCAUCCAUUCUUAUUUGUUACAGGUUCCUCUACAGGAAUUAUUUCAAUGUAUGAUAUUAGAAAUCCAGGAACUCCUUUCACAAAUGUUCACGCUCAUGAUAGCAGCGUUACAUCUCUCAAAUGGUCUCCAAUAGAACCCGAUAUUAUCGCAAGUGCUUCACAAGAUACAGCAAUUACAAUUUGGAGUUUCAGAAAUACUACAACGGCUGAAAUUCCAACUGUUUUUGCGCAUAACGGCCAUGUCGCUGCAAUCACUGCGUUUGAUUGGUGUCCAGAUUCGCCUUGGACAUUGGCAUCUGUUUCUGAAGACGCUCUCCUUGAAGUCUGGACAAUUGCUCCAUCGCAAAUAGAAGAAUUUGUUUGA